AUGUACAAUCCUUACCAACCUCCUCAUCUCUAUGGCCGACCUCCAGAGUUUGGCGGCUACCCAGGUGCGCCUCCGGGCAUGCCCCCCCCACCCGGCAUGUCUGCACCUGGAACCGGCCCUCCUCCAGGCGUGCAGCAAGCGAAUGCGCAGCAGCCAGGUCGUCCCGCGGGCUUUCCUCCCAACUUCCAACCGCCCCCGAACAUGCCGAAUAUAAAUUUUAACGCACCUGUCAUUCGACUGGGCACGUCUGGUCCGACAAAGUCUGCCACGCCUGAGGGAAAGGAGCGAGGUGCGGAGACUGCUGGUCGCCGCGCAGGCGUAGGAGCCGGCAAUACGGAGUCGCAGCGUCAGAGUGCGCGCGAUGCGAUGAUGCAACUGCAGCCGCGACGAAGGAUGAAAUCCU